UUCAGGCUGACUUUUUAACUCAUGUUUAUCCUCUUUCUCAGCAGCAAUGUUUUUAUAAUUUCUGUAUUUUUUCAGGCUCCUGUUUGUUUUUGCAUUUUUGUCCUUUUGACCAUUUUAUUUUAUCUUUUCAAAAUUGUAUGUGCUUGUGAGGCACCUUGUGAUUUUUAUUUUAAAGGGUGCUAUAAAACAUUUCUACUCCUUUGUCUUCUUCUGUCACUCAAAUGCAGACAAAUACAUCAAAGUUAUCCAUUUUAAUUUGAAAGUAGCAACACUUGGGGCAGAUUUCAGGUAAUAAGGAAGCUGAUGCCAUCUGUGGGCAGCAUAAUAGCUAAAAGCAACUUAAAACAUAGAAAUUAAGUACUAUAACAGUUGAUCUCACUCCAUAUUUUUGUAUUUACAUUCUAGUUUUUCCUGAGCUCUUUAUGACCUAAACUGGAUUUAAUCCAGUCAGACCAGUUUGUGUAUCCCAGGCAACACUGCGUCUUAUUUCUCUCAUCGUGUGAGAUCAGGGCUAAAAGUUAACGUACUUCUGAUGAUAUUGGCUUAGCCUAGUAAAGGAAUAACUGAAACAACACAGCAGACCAUCCUUUCAGCUGAAUGCAGAGCCUGUUAAUGUGGCAUGUAUUAACACAUUUCUGUUAUAUCUUCAACCAUAAACCUUGCUUUAGUUACAAAAAGCUGCAGAGAAGAAGAGAAAGUUCUGCUCACACCAUGUCAAACUAUGAUCAGACAGGAAAUGAGUCGGAAAUGUAUGUCAUGCAUGAGAUUUGCUCCAGCGUGAAGAACAUGAAGCAGUUGGACUUUUCAGUCCUGGUCAGGCGGGCAAACCAGAUUAAAGAAGAGCUCAAACAGGGAGUAAAAAAACCCUAUCGGGAGUUGAUAGAUGUCUCCUGGGGUGACCCACACAGGACAGGUGUGAAGCCUCUGUCAUUUGUCAGACAGGUUCUUGCAGGAUGUCUUUACCCCCAGCUUUUGGAGAGCAAUAGACUAAAGGUGGACGUCAGACAGAGAGCUCAGAGACUGCUGGAGACGUGUGCAGGAGGGAGUGUAGGCUCCUAUAGUGACACGGCUGGUUUAACACAAACACUUAAGAAAGUCUCUGAGUUCAUCACGAGACGAGACGGUGGCGUUCCAUCUCACCCUGACAGCAUUUACAUCAGCCCCGGCUCACAGUGGUCUCUCACGAACAUUCUGAACAUCUUGGUGAAUCCUGAGGCUUCACCCAAAACUGGAGUGCUGGUUCCAGCCCCGAGCCACUGUGUGACGACUCAGUCCAUACUGGGUCUGGGAGCAGAGGUACUUCCAUACUAUCUCACGGAGGAGCAGGGCUGGGCGCUGCAGGUGGAGGAGCUACAGCGGGCGUUUGACUCUGCAAAGGGAGUCUGCAAACCUUUUGCUCUAUACAUCAUCAACCCAGGAAACCCUGCAGGUGGUGUUCAAAGCAGAAAAUCUAUGCAAGAAGUGAUUAAGUUUGUUUCAGAGAAGAAGCUCUUUCUUCUAGCUGAUGAGGUGUACCAGGAGUGUGUUUAUGGGGAAAACGUUGAGUUUUUAUCCUACAAAAGAGUUCUGGCUGAAAUGGGGCCUCCACUGUCAGAAACAGUUGAACUGGCAUCAUUCCACUCAGCAUCCAAAGGCCUCAUAGGAGAGUGUGGUUUGCGUACUGGUUAUGUCGAGCUGGUAAACCUCGACCCCUCUGUUCUGAAACUCCUGGACAACUUAUUCUCCACCAAUUCCUGCGCACCUGUGUUGGGUCAGCUCACUCUGGAUUUGAUGAUAAACCCUCCCCAGCCAGGAGACCCCUCAUACCCUCUUUUUUAUGAGGAAACGCAACGUAUCAGGACCACGCUGAUUCAAAAUGUCAGGCAAGUGUUUGAGGUUGUGAACAGCUUGCCAGGUUUCAGCUGCCAACCAGUGGAAGGAGGAGUGUUUGCAUUCCCCAGAGUGUAUAUUCCACCUAAAGCCAUCCAAAAAGCAAAGGAAGUGGGAAUGGAGCCAGACACAUUUUACUGCGUCCGACUGCUGGAGGAGACAGGAGUGUUGGCCAGACCUGGGUCUGAGUUUGGCCAAAAAGACGGCACACAUCACAUCAGAUUUUGCAUUAUGACCCCCCAGCACAUCAUGGAAGAACUACUGAGGCGCUUGAGCAUCUUUCACACCAAGUUUAUGAAGGAGUUUUCUUAAAAAAUACAAAUAAAAAUAAUUUUCUGUCAGCACAGUCAAAAGAAUCACAACCUUCUCCUGUUGAUAAAUGUUUAAUCAUAUUUCAAUAAAUCAUUUGAUAUUUA